UUAGAAAUCCUCUAAAAUUCUCAAUUAACGAUGGCUGAGGUCACAUACAUUUGCAAACGUACUGUGGUAAGCUCAAAACCAGUGCAACCAGGAAAAUCCUACCCUUUAUCAGUUCUUGAUCGCCUUAUGGAGCGAAGCCACUUAAGGAUUGUGUACUAUUUUCAAACUCCAAAAGGGAGGAAGCUUGGAGAAAUGACUAAGAAGCUGAGAGAAUCCAUGUCAGAAACGCUCACUUGUUUUCCGGCAGCGACUGGAAGGUUGCUGAAAGACCAAGAUGGGCAUUGGAUGAUCAAGUGUAAUGAUGCAGGAUUAAGGAUGGUGGAAGCUAGAGCUAAAGGAAGCGUAGAGGAGUGGCUGGAGAGUGUAGACAGGGAGAAGGAGCUCAUGCUUAUUCACUGGGAAGAAAUGUUUCAUAAGCCUUAUUUUUGGUCCACCUUCUAUGUUCAGCUGACAGAAUUUGAAGAAGGUGGCUUAGCAAUUGGCUUGAGCUGCUUCCACCUUCUAGCUGAUCCCACUUGUGCCACCAUGUUCAUCAAGGCCUGGGCUGACACAACCUUAGUUGGAAAAAUGAUUAGUCCACCUUUUUUCCACCCACUGCCUCCCCGGAGGCCCGGCAACAAAAAUCUCAACCGCCAGCCUUACACCCACUUGAUCAAUUACUACAGUUCCAUCGUAGAGAAAACAAAUUCGGUCACAUCCACAGGGUUCGCAACCAUCGCUCUAGUGUUUCCAGAUCCUAUGGUCCGAGCCUGCAUAGCCAUGGCUCGAACCACUAGUGCACCUGACCACCCAAGCCCAUCACCCUUCCAGGUACUAUCUGGGCUCUUUUGGGUUUGUAUAAGCAAGGUUAAGGGAAAAGGAAAUGGGCUCAUUGAUAUGUGCAUAUGUCUGGAUAUGAGGAAUGUGUUGGGCCUUGAUAAAGGGUUCUUCGGCAAUUGCACGGUUUAUAACAAUGUCCAAGCAGAUUAUUCAGGAGAAGAUAAAUUAUUAUCAGGUGCUACUCAGGCUAUUGAAGAAGUGAUGGCAAAAAUGGACAUUGAGGGGAUCAUGGAUUUGAUCGAGUGGCUUACAUCUAAUGAUUGCAAAUAUCCUCCUCUGAUGAACGGUUGUGAUCUGAUAUGUGGUAGCUUGGAGGAAGUGGACCCAUAUUUGGCCACAUUUGAAGAUGGUUAUGCACCUAUUCGUGUUUCUUAUCACGUGGAACCAUCAGCUGGAGCAGGUCAGGUUUUGGUCCUUCCAUGGAGACGGGGUGAGGGUGAAAUGAGCAGGGUGAUCAUGGUUACGCUCCCAGAGGAUGAGAUGGUUAGGUUACUUGAAGAUGAUCUCAUUCUACGCUUCUGUCCAACCAUUUUAAUGGGAACCAAUAAAUGAACUAGAUAGAUUAGUACUCGUAUUGAAAUAAAUGUAUGAAUAAAGAUGUUGAAUUGGAGAUGAGUUUUAUCUGGGGCCUGGCAAUUUAAUUUCCUGGCAUCAGAAUUGAUCACGUCUACAUAUUAAUACAGAGCCAUGAAGGUGACGGACCCCACAGUAUGGUGUAAUUUGCAAAUUGGAAUAAUGAUACUUUUCUUGAUCGUGUAAGUCAAAACCUCUCCAACGCUUGUUUCCCAUAUAUAGAAACAACAGUAAUUACAAAAUGAUGGGAAAGAGAGGAAGACAGUGCAGAAAUUAAAUAUUAGCCACGCUUCAUUAAA